UUUUGUCGCCUUUUGUCUCAGUUGGUUUGUUUCUUCAUUACUUGACGAAUUUGUGAUAUUAGAUUCUCGUUAAUUAAUAAUUUUAAAGUGAAGUUUAAUUAAUUUCACGUAAAUAAUGUAAAGUGUUAAUCUUCGAACAACGUAGUCACAUUUUUUACAUAAUUAUGUCAUAGAUUUCAACUCUAGAAUAGACACUUUUACAAUCAUGAUCUCCGCACUAAUUUCAAGACUUGUAAUUGUAGUUUUUGGUACCCUAUAUCCAGUCUAUUGUUCUUAUAAAGCAGUCAAGACAAAGGAUAUUAAAUUAUACGUAAAAUGGAUGAUGUACUGGAUCGUCUUCGGAUUAUUCAUAUCGGUCGAAACAUUCACAGAUAUAUUCGUGAGCUUUUGGUGCCCGUUUUAUUACGAGUUUAAAAUAUUCUUUGUACUAUGGCUGUUACUUCCAAUCUUCAAAGGUUCCAAUUAUAUGUAUAGGAAAGUCAUUCAUCCUUUCUUCACGCAAAAGGAACAGGAUAUCGACGAAAUGAUAGCAAAAGCAAAAGAACAGGGUUGCAGUGUACUAAUGGAUAUUGGCAGCAAAGGUGUAACGUUGGCCACAAACGUGAUCAUGAACACAGCAGUCAAGGGAGGAUCUGGGAUACUUUUCCAAUUGAAGAAAAGUUAUAGCUUGAAUGACCUCGUAACUGACGCUGAUAUGACUGAUACUACCGUAGACAAAAGAAAAAAUACCAAGAGGAAAGAAGACUGCAGAAACAACUUUCAAAAUGUUGAAAUGAACGAAACGAAGAUGAUAAGCGCUGGAAGAGAAACAAAUCUUCGAAUGAUGGAGGAAGACUCAAAUAUACACAUCCACGAUUCAAUUUCGAGAUCGAGGAAAUUAUCGUCGGAGAGUAUGGCUCUAGAAGAAGACUGUAAAAAUGUGAGCUCGAAUCUGAGACCUAGAAGAAGUAAUCGUCAGGCUUCAGAAAACUUGGAACUGAUCUCAACCAAUCCAUCUUAUUCUUAUUACCCUUUCCUGUCACCGCAAAACCAUCCCUAUCCAUCCUAUCUCUACUACUCGUCAAUGUCAAAAACAAAUUACCUAAUGCCUCCUCCUACACCUGCAUUAUUUAACUUCAACGAAUCCAAUAUCUGCGAUAAUUUCCUCAACAUGAAGAUCUCCAACGACUCCUCAUCUCCAGCUGACAUAAAGAAAUCCAAUUCUUCGCCAAAUAUCUCGAAUCUCGAACCAGCCAGUAACUGGUCUUUCAUCAAUACAAAUUCCUCGUCGACUCAAUCACCUACUGCGCCAAAAAAAAGACCUCGUCGUAAAAGGAAUAACGCACCGAAACCUCCCAACAUACCGUCGAUUUCUGUAAACUCUUCGUCCGCUGCGGAUGUCGAUUAUUUGGCACCUUAUAAUCUCAGGUCGAGGAAACAUCAUCUUCAGCAGAAAUCGAAAAUACAUCAAUUUUUAUCGAAAAGUAGAGAAUUACUAACUCCUUGGAAACACGAUAACGAUGAUACGUAUUCUGUACGAUCGGAAACGAUUGAUGGAUCGUCGGAUGAUAGCAUGUCGACUACUUCUUCGUAUAAUACGGUGAACUGAGAUCGAUCUACUGUAGCUGUUUUGAGCUUUGUGAAGUUCAUGUUACGAUACAUAUUCGAUGAUGACCGGAAAUCGGUUCUAGCUCCGCUUGGAAAUAGUGCAACUAUACCAAGGAAACGUCAACCGAAAAAACGAACUCUCUGAUUACUUCAAAAUAUUUUUAAAUCGAAUGUUCCUUAUUUUGCAAUCCAAUUGCGAUACGUAUAAGUAUGUGAAAUGUAAACGAGAGUGACAGAACAUUGUGCAGCCUAAGUCAAGUACGAUUGUUUUAAUUUUAAAUUAGGUAAUAACUUUUUUUUAAAAAUUUGAUCGAGUUGAUGAAAUUGAUUUUCAGUGUUUUUUUUUUUUUUUUUUUUUUUAUUAU